AUGAAUACAGGCGACCACUCUCGCCAGGAGGCUCGUCGCAGUUCAUCAUGUCCGAGUAGCUGGCGAAAUAGACACCCCUGUCCGGAACCUGAUCAGCAGAAGCCUAUGCGGAAUGAUGGCGAGUGGUUCACGACCGCAAAAGAGCAACCAGGGGACAAUCUCAUUAAGCACGAGCGGGAUGCAAACGGAAAUGUGAUCCGUCGCAGCAAUAUCCGAUACAGUUGUGAUGAGUUUCCACCGGCCACAUGGGUUGAGGGUGGAAGCGGCGAGACGUUCCUUAACGCGUCCGAAACCCGGUGUGCCGCGAUUCGCUGUGGAAAAGGGGUCAAAGCAGAACAAGAUUGGCAAGCAACCGCUCACGGACGUCUUCGUGUUGAGCUUGACGCUGCAGCCAAAGCCGAUCCGGCGUAUAUCCCCAACCAAUCGAUCGUUCUUUUCACUCUGCUGCGCGAAGACAAUGGAGCUGAUCACACAGCUGCUACCAUCACUGUUUUGAAGGAGAGUGCAGAUGGGAAGACUGCAGACCCGGAGAAAGAGGUAUACGUCUACAACGACGAGCCGGACCUGAAAAAGCGCUCAGCAGGAGAAAACCGUACAACAUUUGCUGGCAGGCUCCGGGGGCCCAUCACGGCCGCAGAGCUUAGGGCCCGCGUCGAGGCGGGCGAAGGGUAUGCACAUCGGGUACACGCUAAUCUGACUGAGACUCUACACCAGGUUCUCCAGUCAGACCUGUUGGGUGAAACGAUUCCUAUGCUUCGCAGUAACGCGACGCUUCCCAGGACCCUACCAGAUAACGUCGUUCCUCAGCCACGGAGCAUGCCCGAGCAUAAUGUUACGCCGCUGCUCAAAAGAUCGACAGCCAAAGACCUUGAAGCCGCACGGAAUAUCGUGAAGAAAGCGCUUGCCGACUCGGCAAGACUGAACAAGGCCCGAGUGGCUCGGCCCCUCCGCAACAAAUACAGCCUGAAGCCCGGGACUAUUGUCGGCGGAAGUGGCGUUGCAGGUAAGCAAAACAUGGCAGCUAGAGGUAUUGACCAGGAUGUACCGCCGCUUCUGGAUAUCACGGAUGAAAUCGCGGCAGCUGCAGCCCUGGUAGCCGAGGCCGACUCGCAGGGCGGAUGGAAGAAUGUCACGAAGCGUGCGGCUACGGCAAGCGCGGGGACGUAUUGGAUGCAAAGUCUUGCUCGUAAAGGCACUGUGCCUUGGGGAGAUGAACCCGACUAUGCUAUCUUCAGAAAUGUGCUCGAUUAUGGAGCGGUGGGAGACGGUAUCACGCACCCGAUGUGGCAAAGGAUGCAACGGGUCUACGACUAA